CGCGAGCCUCUCUAGGACCCAGCGGACGCGCAGACGGCGGACAGUGCCAGGGAGCGCAGCGCUCGCUCGCUCGCUCGCUCGCCCGCCCACCCGCGCGCGGCACACGGACGGACACUCCUCGCACCCGUCGCACUCAGCGAGUCCCGGUGACAGCGGAGACGCUCGCGGCGCUGGCAGCUCCACUCCCACGAGGGACCGCAGGUACCGACAGAGGGCCGAUCCGAUGGUCCGUCGGGCGCUCGCUCCGCGUCGGAGCCUCGGCGUCUCGCAGUAAUUGCGCUCGAACGAACGGCAAAGUUUUCUCUGCGACCCGCGCGUGACAGUAGGAUGUGGGGUCGCGACCCGCGGCCGCGGCGCUCAGGAUGGCCCGACAGGACGCCGUGAGGUGCCUCCGCUGCCUGCUCUGCGCGCUCAACGUGCUCUUCUGGCUUGUGGCCAUAUGCGUGCUGGCUGUGGCAGCGUGGCUCCGGGACUACCUGAACAAUGUGCUCACCUUGACUGCAGACACCAGGCUGGAGGAAGCGGCAAUUGUCACGUACUCUCCUGUGGUCCACCCUGUCAUCAUCGCCGUUUGCUGUUUCCUCAUCAUUGUGGCCAUGGUGGGGUACUGUGGGACACUGAAAGACAACCUGCUCCUGCUGUCCUGGUACUUUGGGAGCCUGCUGGUGAUCUUCUGUGUGGAGCUGGCGAGCGGCGUGUGGACUUACGAGGAGCCCCCCAUCCAGAGGUCAGACAUGAUCAGUUUGAAGUCCCGGAUGCCCAACUACGGACUGCCGCGUUACCAGUGGCUGACGCACGCCUGGAACUUCUUCCAGACCGAGUUUAAGUGCUGCGGGGUGAUUUACUUCACCGACUGGCUGGAGAUGACCGAGAUGGAGUGGCCGCCGGACUCGUGCUGCGCCAGGCAGUACCCGGGUUGCGCCCGCCAGGCACACCACUGGGACCUCAGUGCCCUCCACCAGGAGGGCUGCGGUCCCAAAGUGUACAGCUUCAUCCGUGGAACGAAGCAGCUGCAGGCCCUGCGCUUCCUGGGUGUGUCUAUUGGGGUGUCCCAGAUCCUGGCCAUGACCCUAACCCUGACCCUACUGUGGGCGCUCUACUACGACAGAAGAGCGCCGGACCCCCCCGAACAGGGCACGGCCCAGGGCGGCGAGCACGCCCCCGCCCCCGCCCCGCCCUCGCAGCCGGAGGAGCAGCCGAAACCCGGCCCGCCCCGGCCGGCGGAGGCCCGGGGUCCGGCGCUGCCCAACGGACACACCCAGCUGGAGAUGGAGCAGUUCUCGUAGCCCCCCCGGGGCGUUCCGCCUGCACCGCGCUGACAAAGACGCCGAAGGACGCGCCGGCAUCUCCCGACAGAUCGCGCCGUUCCUAGCGCCGAGGGAAACGGAGACACACCUGUCUGCGUCUUCUCCGCAAAAACUCCAGUCUUAGGCGAACUCUUCGAAAACAGAAGCACUUUUCAUGACUCGUGAGACUUUAGGGAAAUUUACCACGCUGCUGUCAAAGCCGAAUGCUUUCCGCAGUAGGACUUGAUGGGGGGGAAAAAACAUUCUGCUGCAAAAGCAGUGAAAAAAGGUCUUAAUCUAAAAUCACCGGGAAACACUUAAAGGCGCAGUUUCACGUGACUGAUGUCUAAAUAUGUCUUUUCUCCAUGCAAAAACACCCUAACACAGUGAUGUUACUUAUCUAAGUUCAGGAAGGAUACUGUGUGACCAUUUUUUAUUUGUUGGACACUUGAAGCACGAGAAGAGAGCAAUGUUUAUACUGUAUAUCUUGUUCUUGUGAGUUUAUAUGAAUACAGUGUAUUUGACAGUUAUGUGAAAUGGUGAUGUGUGACGGGCCGGCCAGGAUAGGCUCCGGACCACCGGGACCCUGCCGGGGUCAAAGAGUUACGAAUAAUGACCGAACGAACGUACCGGAGCUACGACGCCACGACCGCCCUGUUGACGAAGCGUGUCGAUGCCGGACGUUUUACGCAUCGCGUGGACCCCUGCCCAGCUGUCGCUCAGAGCCGAUUGGUUCAUCCUGAUCCGGUAGAGUCGACUGCUGGCGGGGGCUCGAGU